AACACUGAUCCAAUGGGAAAAGAUAGGAGAGAUUAUUCGCGUCGUAGCUCCAGGGAAAGAAGUCCUAAAGACAAAGAAAGAGAUCGUCGGCGUCGCAGCAGAAGCCCGAGAGACCGCGGCUUAGAGAGAAGCAGGGACCGUCGGAGCCCGAAGGACAAACGUCGUGAAAAGGAUAAAGACCGUUCCCAGAAAUCAACCAAAAAUCGAUCCCAUAGCCAAAGCCCAAUGCCCGAAGCACCUAGGGUUGGAUCGAUAGCUGCGGACUUGGUAAAUAUUUUUGAUAUCAACAACAAAGAGGCGGAAAAGAAGCUCGAAGAGGAGAUGCGGAAACGAAAAGAAAGGAUCGAACGAUGGCGGGCGGAACGCCGAGCCAGAAUGAUUGCUUCUGGUCAGAUCGACGUAGUAGCUGAAUCGAAGUCGAUGCAACCGUCAAAGAAAUGGACUCUGGAAGAUGAUGCUGACGACGAGAUGGAGCCUGAUGACAUGACUGAGGCCGUUGUUACAGAAGCACCUAAGACGCCGCCAGAGAAACCUGCCAAGACGGUCGAAGAGCCGAUGCCGGAAGCGGCAGAAAACCCAGAUGAAGACCCACUCGAUGCCUACAUGCAGGAAGUUCAUCAAGAAGUUCACCAACUUCGUUCUAUCAAAGAGACGAUGCGGACGCAGAACGAAAAGACUCAAGAAAUCGGAAAGGCAAAAAUAGUGGUCGUCACAAAGAUUGCCACGCAUAAGGACCCGUCUUCAAAAGGUGACAUUAUCGAACAAGAUGCUGAUGCUUUGGAGUAUUCUGACGAAGAGGAUGACAUCGAUAUUGAACAAGCAAUGAGCAGUUUGGCAGCGAGGGCUAAACAGCUUCCAGUCACCGAUCACGGAAAGGUAUAUUACAGACCCUUUCGAAAGAACUUUUACAUUGAAGUCCCGGAACUUGCAAAAAUGACUAACGAAGAAGUAGAGGCGUACCGAGAAGAGUUGGAGGGUAUUCGAGUUCGAGGCAAAAACUGUCCGAAGCCCAUCAAAAAUUGGGCUCAGAGCGGCAGUAGCAGAAAGGUCCUGGACGUACUGAAGAAAAGUGGGUUCGAGAAACCGACACCCAUUCAGGCACAGGCAAUACCGGCGAUUCUUUGCGGACGUGACGUUAUUGGCAUCGCUAAGACGGGUAGUGGAAAAACUCUGGCUUUUCUGAUUCCGAUGUACAGACACGUUUUGGACCAGCCUUCUCUUGAAGAAAUGGAUGGCCCAAUAGCGCUCAUAAUGACUCCAACACGUGAGCUGGCAAUGCAGAUAGCAAAGCAAUGCCGCAAAUUCACUCGCGCACUGGGACUGAACACGGUCUGUGUCUAUGGUGGUACGGGUAUUUCGGAGCAGAUCGCUGAAUUGAAACGUGGUGCCGAAAUCAUCGUUUGCACGCCAGGCAGAAUGAUCGACAUGCUAGCGGCAAACAAUGGAAAAGUGACCAAUCUCCGUCGAGUAACUUACCUGGUGCUAGACGAGGCAGACCGCAUGUUUGACAUGGGCUUCGAGCCACAGGUGAUGAAAAUAGUAGGAAAUAUUAGGCCGGACAGGCAGACGGUCAUGUUUUCGGCGACAUUUCCUCGCCAGAUGGAGGCUCUUGCAAGAAAGGUGCUGCAAAAACCUAUCGAAAUUAUUGUUGGUAGUCGCAGCGUCGUCUGCAAAGAGGUCGAGCAACACGUGUGCAUUGUUGACGAUGACCAGAAAUUUCUAAAGUUGUUGGAAUUACUUGGUGUUUACUACGAAUUAGGCAACAUCCUAGUGUUCGUUGACAAACAGGAGAAAGCGGACGAAUUGGUUGGUGACUUGAUUAAAGCCGGCUACCCGGCAGCACCCAUCCACGGAGGCUUAGAUCAGUUCGACCGUGAUUCUACGAUAGUCGAUUUCAGAAGCGGCGUCAUCCGGCUGCUCAUUGCUACAUCGGUCGCUGCAAGAGGUCUUGAUGUGAAGAAUAUGAUUCUCGUUGUUAACUACGAUUGCCCGAAUCAUUACGAAGACUACGUCCACCGCGUUGGUCGAACCGGCAGGGCCGGAAACAAGGGAUAUGCGUACACUUUCAUUACGCCCACUGGACAGGAAAGAAAUUCCGGAGACCUUGUAAAAGCUCUAGAACUUUCAGGCAGUGAAGUUCCAGAUGAACUUAUGUCAAUGUGGGAAGUCUAUAAGAAGAAAAUGGCAGCUGAAGGCAAGGAAGUGAAGCAAGGAGGUGGCUAUGGUGGUCAUGGAUAUAAGUUCGAUGAAGCAGAGGCGGAGGCAGUAGCGUCCAAAAGAAAAAUGGAAAAGCUGGUACUCGGCCUCCAGGGAUCUGAUGACGAUGACGAUGAUGAUAUCGAGCAGCAGAUUCAGAGCCUAAUGAAAUCCACGCGAAGAGUGACUGAGGGUGCUUUACCACUUUUCAUGUCGAACGGUACCGUGACUGCCGCAGGCGUGGCACAAGCCAACCAACAGGCAUUAGAACGUGCUAAGGCUCUGGCGAAGCAGAUCAACAUCGAACGGAACCUUGGCUUAGGCGCGAAAGAUAUUGCUCAACAGACGGCUGAAGCAGUUCUUAAGGGUGGUGCCGCGGGUCCUGUAAGCGUAUCAGCGAAAACUAUUGCACAACAGCUCGCCGAAAAGUUGAAUGAGAAGCUGAAUUAUGUUCCGUCUGAACUGCCUCCUCAGGAAGAACAACAAGAGUAUUCUCGUUACGAAGAGGAGUUGGAAAUCAACGACUUCCCGCAACAGGUCCGUUGGCGUAUCACCAGUAGAGAGACACUGUCUCAGGUUCAAGAAUAUGCGGAAGUUGGCAUUUCGCUGGCUAUAAGCCGCGCCAAGUCUGAAAUCAUCCGCGUACUUAAAGAAGAAAUAAGAAAGUUGGCAUCGAUGAAUUCAGCUCAAAUUUACAACAAAGCCAAGUACAAAGUAUUAUAAUG